AAAGCCGAAGAAGAGAGAAGAGGUGAAAGAUGAGAGGAAAAACUCAAUCUGAUCUGUUCAAACAGCUUCACUGAAAGACGAAUCAACCUGAGGAUCCUGCAGAAACUACGCUGUGAAUGAGACUGACAUUAGCUGUAUUUAUCUUAUUGAGCUUUGUUGGAUUACAGCUUGGAUCAUAUUUCUUCAUUGAGACCGUAUUGAUGCAUGAUGCAUUUUGAAAGAGUUUAACAGCACUAUGGAGGAGAUGUCCGCGUCCGAUCAGGAGGCAAUAAACAAAGACUCUGUGAUGGAUGAUGCCAAGACACGCAGCAGCCGGAGGAGACUCAGAAUGACUUUAACCCACAGCGCUAAGGACGUUACAACUGCGUUUGUUCUUCGAACAAAAGUCCAUGGGCUGAAACACGUAUUCUCACCAAACAAAUCUAAACUCCAGCGCUUGUUAUGGCUCCUGGCCCUCUGUGUUUGCCUGGGGCUUCUCUUCACGUGGUCGUGGAAUCGAAUCCUGUAUCUUCUUUCCUACCCAGCCGUGACCAAGAUCUACAUGGUUUGGACUCGCAACAUGACGUUUCCGGCCGUUACGUUCUGCAACCAGAACCUCCUCCGCGUGUCCAACCUCACCAAAGCAGACAUCUACCACAGCGGCUACUGGAUGGACAUCAUGCACCUGAACCACACGGUCAACCGACAGAGCGUUUCUAUGCUCAAACACAGCCGACACGGCGAGAAGCUGCUGCAUCUUCUGGACUUCUCCAACUACAGCCCGCCUCCUGACCACCAGCUCAACACCACAGAGAUGAUUGACAGGCUGGGCCACCAAUUAGAAGACAUGCUGCUGGAAUGCAGGUUCCGGGGUGAAAACUGCACUUACAAGAACUUCAGCCCUAUUUACACCAGAUACGGGAAAUGUUACACGUUCAACUCUGGUCUAGAUGGAAACCCGUUGUUGACGACUUUAAAAGGCGGAACGGGGAAUGGGCUGGAAAUCAUGCUGGAUAUUCAACAGGAUGAGUACUUGCCAGUUUGGGGUGACACGGACGAAACCUCAUACGAAGCCGGCAUCAAAGUUCAGAUCCACAGCCAGGAUGAGCCGCCCUUCAUAGAUCAGCUGGGAUUUGGUGUGGCCCCUGGUUUUCAAACUUUUGUGUCUUGUCAGCAGCAACUGCUCCAGUAUCUCCCUCCGCCGUGGGGCGACUGCAGGUCCACCCCGAUGGACUCUGAAUACUUCUCCACCUACAGCAUCACAGCCUGUCGCAUCGACUGCGAGACCCGCUACCUGCUGGAAAACUGCAACUGCAGAAUGGUGCACAUGCCAGGCACCUCCACCGUCUGCACACCCGAGCAGUACAAAGACUGUGCAGAUCCAGCUUUAGAUUUUCUUGUGGAGAAGGACAACGAUUACUGCGUUUGCGAGACGCCAUGCAACAUGACUCGAUACGGUAAAGAGCUGUCCAUGGUGAAGAUACCCAGCAAAGCUUCUGCAAAAUAUCUUGCCAAGAAGUUCAACAAAACGGAACAGUACAUUGCGGACAACAUAUUGGUGCUGGAUAUCUUUUUUGAGGCUCUGAACUACGAGAAAAUUGAACAAAAGAAGGCGUAUGAAGUUGCUGGAUUACUCGGUGAUAUUGGUGGUCAGAUGGGUCUGUUUAUAGGAGCCAGUGUCUUGACUAUAUUGGAGAUAUUUGAUUAUCUGUAUGAGGUUUUUAAGGACAAAGUGCUGGGAUAUUUUCUACGCAAGAGACGGCCACAUCGGAGCGCUAGUGACAAUCUGGCAUUCUGGUUUGAGAGUUUCCACACGACCCUGUCCUGGAUUAUAUCACUGAUGAAAUCAAGUUUCUGUCCAUCACAGGAUAAUAUUUCGUCCAAGAAGAUUCCCCCGAGAUUUCCACCAGCCCUGGUGUCACGCCUAACCAUGUCCCCAGCUUUCAAGAUGGAGAUGAUGUUUUGCAGAAGUUCAGAGCACAUGCGACACACUCCGGAGUCACUCGGACAGUCUCGGAUUCGCGCCGAACGUGCUACCUAGUCACCCGGCUAUAGGCAACUUCGAGGAGUUCGCUUGUUGAUGACGCAGGCGACAAGACGGCUUAGGAUACGACGGAAAACUGUGAAAUAUAUCAGAUAGACUCCAAAAGAAGUGUAAGUCCAUGAAAAUGUACAUGUUAAAUAGUUCAAAACAAGCAAACAAUGUGACACCUGAAUAGAAUCAAUAUAUCAUCAUCAAGUACAAAUAGACAACACUUCCAGAACAAAACUCAGGUUUUAUUAAUAACAUCACAGCCACUGUUUGUUUGACAUUGUGGAAAAUCCUGGUAGAUUUCAUGACCUUUCUUUUCGAACGAUUUCAAAUGUACAAAUACUGUGAGGGUAUUUAAUCCGAGAGAGUAUUUUUUCCUCUGUGCUUUUCUUGAAUCCUGUAUGAACACUGUGGGCCUAAUUUGAUCAAGCCGC